AUGACGCUUGACCAGAUCGGCAAGUUCAAGCGCGAGAACGGGAUAUCGAUAAACGUUUUCGUCGAGGAUGACGAUGACAAGCGAAGGACUAUCGCUUCGCUGCGGCUAACCGAUCGCGAGCGAGACAGACGCGUCAACCUGCUGUACGUGCCCGACGUCCGCGCGGAACAGCCGGGGCACUUCGCGUGGAUCAGAAACCUGUCGCGUCUGGUUAGCGCGCAACUUAGUAGGAAGCAGCACCAGAAGUGCCUGCACUACUUCCCAACCGCUGAGAGACUGACCGCGCACACCGUCGACUGUGGGCGUAUCAACGACUGCGCGAUAAUUCUUUCCAGCGAGGACGAUAAGCUGCUGGCCUUCCGGAACUUCAAGAGGAAGGAGCGCGCACCGUUCGUCGUCUACGCCGACCUCGAGUGUACACUGGAGAAGAACGAGGAUGAGGAGGGUACAGCGAAGACCGGCGCGUAUCAACGGCACAGGGCGUUCAGCGUGGGAUACUACGUCAGUUGCGCCUACGACGAGUCGUCCGCGUACAGAUCGCGUCGCGGGGAGGACUGCGUGUCGUGGUUCGUCGGCGAGCUCAGCGAACUGGCGCGGCGCGUCAAGACGAUCCUCGCGUCCAACGCGCCCAUGAGGGACUUCACCCCGGAGCAGCGCGAGGAACUGCGAGACGCUGCCGCGUCGUGUCACGUGUGCGGUAAGCCGUUCACGGCGGCCGACGCCCGAGUGCGCGAUCACUGUCACCUUACCGGUCGCUACAGGGGCCCGGCGCACUCGACGUGCAAUCUGAACUGCAAGGACUCGCACGUUAUCCCGGUGAUAUUUCACAAUCUCUCGGGGUACGACGCGCACUUCAUCAUCGAGGACGUGGCGAACGCCUUCGAGGGUAGCGUGGAGUUACUGCCGCUGAUGAAGGAGCGGUACAUCGCGUUCACGAAGAACGUCGCGAACACGGAGGACGGGAACGGGUGCGGAACGUGCGUGAAACUGCGGUUCAUAGACUCGUACAAGUUUCUCGGCGCCAGUCUCGACAAACUAGCGUCCUAUCUCGACCGGAGCCACGUGAGAAUCCUACGGUCGGAGUUUUGGCAUCUCUCCGAGGAGGAUUUCGAGCUCCUGACGCGGAAAGGCGUAUUUCCGUACGAGUACGUCGAUAGCGCCGAUAAACUGCUCGAGACUCGUUUACCGCCACGCGAGUCGUUUCACAGUUCGUUGACGGGUGAUACGUAUAGCGACCUGUACCUGAAGACGGACGUUUUUCUCCUGGCGGAUGUGUUUGAAAAUUUCCGCAACACGUGUAUACGGAGUUACGGUCUGGACCCGGUGCACUACUACACACUACCGGGCUACACGUGGGACGCGAUGCUGCUGCACACGGGCAUCGAGUUCGAGCUGCUGACGGACGUUGAUAUAGUGCUGUUCGUGGAACGCGGCGUGCGCGGCGGUCUGAGUCAAUGCUCGCACCGAUACGCGCGAGCCAACAACGGGUACGCGCCGUCGUACGAUCCGUCCGAACUGUCGACGUACCUCAUGUACUACGACGUGAUAACCUGUACGGAUGGGCCAUGUGUCAGGCUGAGUCAGCAGGGGUAUCAUGUUCACAUCAGAGGGCUGAAUCAGCAGGGGGGGGGUCGUAUAAUGUUACAUGUGGUACAGCGCUAUUGUUACCUAUUGCAACAUCAGCACUACUGUUAUAUAAGCCUGGACCUGCACGAGCAUGUUCAAGGUCAGGUGACGUCAUCGUUUUUGCGCAGUAAGUGA